GACGAAGAGCACCCUCAGGCCAAGGAUAUGACUCCAACACGCAUUCCCUUCCUUGCACCAAACCCUAAUUUCCGUCGUUCCUCUUCCUCCCCUUUCCUCUUCACGCUUCUGCAGAUCCGCCAUGGCCAAGAGCUCCUUCAAGUUGGAACAUCCCCUCGAGAGGCGACAGGCUGAAGCUGCCCGAAUCCGGGAGAAGUAUCCAGACAGGAUUCCUGUUAUUGUCGAGAAGGCGGAGAGAAGCGACAUUCCGGACAUUGACAAGAAAAAAUAUCUAGUUCCUGCUGAUCUGACUGUCGGGCAAUUUGUGUAUGUUGUCCGCAAAAGAAUCAAGCUGAGCGCCGAAAAGGCAAUUUUUAUUUUCGUCAAGAACAUUCUCCCACCCACAGCUGCAAUGAUGUCCGCAAUCUAUGAGGAAAAUAAAGAUGAGGAUGGCUUCCUGUACAUGACGUACAGCGGAGAGAACACAUUCGGGUCAUUCUGAAGCGGAAGACUAACCGAGUUUGAUGUAUAUAGUCCAAGAAUACCGUGUAAAUCCGUCUCAAAUGAUCUAUGGUAUGUUGCUCCUUUUAUUCGAAAAUAUGGCUUUAUGUAUCUGCCUUGGCUUAAUACUUGGGUGACUUUUAAGCAUUUCUAUAUCUUUCAUUACAUUACUACUGCUUGCUUGUUUAAAUGACUCCAGCGUGUGGGUUUGGAUUUGGGUUUAGGGUUUGAAAAUAGUAAAUAUUGAAUUGAAAUAGUUUUUGAUAUUUAUAUAAUAAGGUGUUUGCUGUAAUGUUUGGAAGGGAUAGUGAUUUGUUUUUAUUUUUUUUAGUAAUAUAUUAAAUAAAAUAAAAUAAAAAAGUGUUUAAUGUAAUGAUUUUUUAGGAAAAAAAAAUUGAUUAUCAAUGAGACAGACCUUAAAAAUCAGUCAGAUUUCUUUACUUGUUUUUUUAUCUUAUAAAAUAUUACAUCAAAUAUUCAUGUUUUGUUUAGACAACUUAUGAAAGUUUUGGAAUUCUAAAAAUGUAAAAAUAAUUUCAAAUUAUUGAAAGUUGUUAUGGUCCAAUUUUUUACUAUUUUCGGAGUAUUAUGUAAUUGGAGCCAUAAUUACAAUCAAUUUUCAGGAUCAAUUAGAUUAAAAGAAAAAAAAAAAAAAAAAAAA